GGGAACAGACUCAUACACAGUCUGUGUUUGCAUAAGAAGGAUGAAGCCUUAAAUUAUUGGGUUUGUGUAAAUAAGGAGAUGAGACUGUUUUUAGCACACCGGGUGGAAGGAGGAGUGCUUGGAUGAGAAUAGUCUCUCUGUGUGCAGCGAGAUUGCUUUUGGGUUGUUUACGACAGCUCGCAGCUCUCAUAUAUCAAAGGCAGUAUGUUUGCUGUGAAGCUACAGUUUGCGUGCCAUCUGCCUUAGCUGAACUUGACCCUCCAAACAGACUUGUAUUUGUAAACCGAGCUCUUCUUUUCGCUGCUUUUUCUUAUUUCGUUUUAUUUUAUUUUCUCCUUUUCCAGUGGAUGCUCCAGAAACCGCACAAGGUGGCUACCUUCUUCGGCUGCAUCGGGAAAGACAACUUCGGCGAGAUCCUGAAGAAGAAGGCCGACGAAGCCCACGUGGAUGCCCACUACUAUGAGCAGAACGAGGAGCCAACUGGCACCUGUGCAGCCUGCAUCACCGGAGACAAUAGGUCCCUUGUUGCUAACCUGGCAGCGGCAAACUGCUACAAAAAGGAAAAACACCUGGACUUGGACAGCAACUGGGAGCUGGUGGAGAAAGCCAAGGUCUAUUAUAUUGCGAUUUCCUUAAGUGGCUUACGUGAAUUGCAGUGCCACGUCGAAGCGGGGAGUGUUCUGAAUAAUUUUCUUCCCAGCCGUGACGGGCUAACAACGAGUCGGACCUGUGCAUGUUGUGAUGGAGAGGUUUUCACCCACAGCACCGCAGAACUGCAGGAGUGUAGACUAACCUAAAGCUAAGCCUCCAG